AUGGCUCAUCAGACAAAAGCUCUUGCCGUCAAGCCUGACAACCUGAAUUCAAUCUGGAACCCAUACGACGCGUGGGGCCGGGCGCUCACGGCGCCACCUGCUGGUGACCGCGGCCGCGCUGCUGGGCGGCACGGAGGGCGCGCAGGGCCGCUUCCCGGCGUGGUGGGGACCUCCCGAGAUCAGCCCCGGCUCAGCGAUGCCCUCCGCCCGCGGGACCUGGGCGGGCUCCCCAGACCGGCCCCGGCUCAGCGAUGCUCUCCGCCUCCCGCCUGUGCUCAUGCCCUGCCUAGGGCCGACCGCGACCCCAGAGCCCCAGCGCCCCCACCUCUCCCGGGUUUCAGGUCUCAGAAGCCUGUCGGAGGGCGGUCCAGACCACCCGGUUCCCAAGGGCGCACCUUUAGACGGCACUUCCAGCCGUUAUCUUUGAACCCAAAGCAACAUCUCCUACAAGACAAAGGGUGCAGGUAUGUUGUGCUGAUGAUCACACCUGCAGCCUCCGUUGCCUUAGUCUUCGGAGUAGCUGGGUCUCCAAGACCUCACCAGAGCACAUCCUUCCCAUGUUUUUCAUUGAACUCUGCUGGAAUAGACAAAGAUAUAAAAAUAACAUGGUUUCCCCACCAGAUUCUGUCCAUAAUAGCAGGAUGUUAUCUACAUAGGAUAGCUCCUGCUGGGGAUGGUCAGAACUUAGCUUUCUUGCCGCUCAGAGCAUUGUCUAGAGCCAGGCACCGGUUGUCAGCCCCAGCCAUGUCCUUGUCACGUGAUGUCAUGUUUCCAAAAGAACUGAUGACUGUAAUGACAAAGGUCGUGUCAUUGAUUCCAGCCUGUAUCCAUCUGUAUGAUCCAAUGGACUAGAUGAGGCAGUCCAUUCAGACCAGGCCCUGCCUCUGCCUCCCGAGGGCUGGGGUAAAAGGCAUGUGCCACCUCUCUGCCCAGUUCCUCUAUUCAGACUUUGUUCAGCUUUUUUCUCCUCCAAGGGAAUGGUACCAAGAGUAUUCCCUUUUAAGUCCCUGCACCAGUCUAUAAACUUCUGCUACCUGAGACCCAAACUGGCCUUGCUCACAUUUGGAGACAAAACAUGUAUUACGCUCGAGUUGAUGUUUUCACUGAGACAAGACCUUACAGUCCAGACUGAGUUAAAGCUCCAUGUGUAGCUCGGAACACUUGAUUAUCUGCCUUACAGUGCCAGAAUUAUAGGCUACUAAGCAAAUUUGAGGCCAGCCUGAGCUGCGUAAGGCCCUAUCUGAGAGAGGGAAAGAGAAGAAAAAUCUAAAGUUCCUCUGUUUUACAAACCAGGCAGGCCUAAGUUUCAGUUUCUUAAACAUAGUGCUGUUAACAAUACUCCUGACAGCAGGGACAAGGGAGAGAGCAUGUACAAGGCCUGUUUCUGCCACAGAGUAGCUCAAAGCAAUGACCAAAUAAGGACAGUUCCUGCAAUCCCUUUGAAACACAUCAGGCUUGCCCAGGUAAGAUGGGAAAAGUAACCUCAACCAGUCAAAAGUAUACUAGCAUAACUGUUACCUGCUUGACCAAUCAUGUUCAAGAUGACCUAACUUCCUGGAAUUCCCCUAAUUGUGCUUACAAGGAGCCUGUGUGCUGCUCUCAGGGUCACUAUCUGUACUCGUGGUCGGUCCUGCAUAUUGGUAGUUUCUGGAGAAUAAACACUUUUUUACAUACUA